UCAUUACAGUACUUGUAGUGGAUUUUUUGUUUCCUACAUUUAAUGUUCUCUGAUCUGAUCUAUAACCUUCUUAGUCAUUCUCGAGAUCUAAAGUUUCAAGAUUGAGUUUGUUACGUAAAUUUUCUAAUGACAAAAAAAUUCAAAAUUGGCUUAUGUUUCCUCACUAACUACUACUUUUAAGUAAUGUUUCUGCUUUGGGAGAUUUAUAUCUGCAAAAUAUUUGUUUGCAGGUGGGUUUAAAUUGGCAUCAUCCUUGAGUUGUGUAUCUUCAAUUUGUCUAUAUUACAUCUCUCUACUAGUGCCCAUUUCCUCAUUUGGAUCAUAAGAGUGGAAACGACUUAGUCUUGUUGCUCUUAGAAAGCUUUCCAAAAAUGGGCUUGAUCAGGUGGUGAUGAGACUAUGUACUACUUCAAGAUUGGGACAAAGAUUCUUAGGACAGCAAGAGGAAAGUUUUUGUUUCCGACAUGACAAGUCCUUGGUUCAAGAGUCUUUCCUCUGUGUUUGGUCUCAGACCACGGAUCAAAGCCUUGCUUUUCUUUAUACUCGGUGGUGUGACUCUAGUCACCAUCUUAUCACCGUUCUCAUCCACUUCCUACGAUGAUUCUACUUCUUCAACACUUGUUCCCAACGUUUACAGCAACUACAGGAGGAUCAAGGAGCAAGCUGCUGUUGAUUACCUCGAUCUGAGGUCUCUCUCCUUAGGAACUACUCUACAAGAGUUUCCUCUGUGUAGUAAAGAAAGAGAGAGCUAUGUGCCUUGUUAUAACUCAACAGGGAAUCAAGAGGGUGACGUGUUGGACCGACACUGCGAGUUUGAGAGAGAGAAGGAGAGAUGUUUAGUUCGUCCUCCGAGAGACUAUAAGAUACCGCUUAGGUGGCCACUUGGUAGAGAUAUCAUAUGGAAUGGGAACGUCAAGAUAACCAAAGACCAGUUUCUUUCUUCAGGAACGGUCACAACGAGGUUAAUGUUGCUUGAAGAGAAUCAAAUCACCUUUCACUCGGAAGAUGGGCUGAUCUUUGAUGGAGUCAAAGACUACGCUCGUCAGAUUGCUGAGAUGAUUGGCCUAGAAAGUGACACUGAGUUUGCUCAAGCUGGUAUACGAACUGUGCUAGACAUUGGUUGCGGAUUUGGAAGCUUUGGAGCACAUCUAGUGUCUUUGAAGAUGAUGCCUAUAUGUAUAGCUGAGUAUGAGGCAACUGGGAGCCAAGUCCAGUUAGCUUUAGAGAGAGGUCUUCCAGCAAUGAUUGGCAGUUUCUUCUCAAAAAAGCUUCCAAUCAACGGAUCUCUAGUUCUAUCUUAUAAAGCUUCCGCUACAUCAGGUGGUAUCAGAGCCGCGUUUCUUUGGUUUCUCAAUCGAAGAACGAUUCCGGAUGUCAUGUUGAACUCUGCCUUACUCGACCAAGGAAAGUCUGCUUGGGUGAUGAACGUUGUCCCGGUGAAUGAACGUAACACUCUCCCUCUCAUACUUGACCGUGGCUUUGCUGGUGUUCUACAUGACUGGUGUGAACCAUUCCCAACAUAUCCAAGAACAUAUGACAUGCUUCAUGCUAAUGAACUACUCACUCAUCUUAGCUCAGAACGGUGCAGCUUGAUGGACUUGUUCUUGGAUAUGGAUCGGAUUCUUCGCCCUGAGGGAUGGGUUGUUAUAAGUGACAAGUUGGGAGUAAUAGAGAUGGCACGUGGACUAGCAACUAGAGUGCGUUGGGAAGCACGUGUCACUGAUCUUCAAGACGGUAGUGACCAAAGACUUCUUGUCUGUCAAAAACCAUUUCUCAAAAGAUAACUUGCUGCCGAGUAUAUUCUUCUUUCACACACAGCAU